CUCACUUUAUAUUUAUUUUUGAUUACAAGUAUUUGCGCUGUAAAAAAACAAAAGAAAUAGUAUUUUUUAAUUCACCUCAUACAGGUACUGUAGUGCAAUCUCUUUAUCACGAAAGUUGAACUUACAAAUGUAGAAUUAUGCACCAAAAAAACUGCAUUCAGAAAUAAAACAAUGUAAAACUUUAGAGCCUGCAAGUCCACUCAGUCCUACUUCUUGUUCAGCCAAUCGCUCGGACAAAGAAGUCUGGUUACAUUUUCAGGCGAUAAUGCUGCCCACUUCUUGUUUAGAAUGUCAACACUUACAAUUUCUUUUGUUUUUUCCCCUAGCAACCUCCUUUUUAUGUAUCUAUUUAUUUAUUAAGAAAUAAAUACUCCUUAGCCUGUUGAUUGUGCCCUGACCUCAGAAAUAUUCUUAAGACAACAAACCAGGCUCCUCCACAGGCAAUUCCCAUUUGCCAGAUCUACAAAAACAAACAAACAACUACACAGAGACAACGUUUUAGACAAGAGCACCUUUUCACAGCGGAGUUACACCUUCCGGAAAGUAUGGCAUUUAUGAACAGAAAGCCUCACGAGCUCACGGUGGUACAAAGGGCUCCAACUAACACUUCGCUGGGCUGCCGUGCCAGUGCAGGAAGAGGUAGCCAGUGGUGGCUAUGGGAGCAGUGUGAGGCCCUCUGUCCCUUUGGGUCCAAAUCCUGAGGGCGUCUCCCAUUCUCCACUCAGCCAGGCUUCCCAUGAAUGGGAGAGCUUUGCCUGGAAGGACUUCAGGAGCUGCCCUCCAAUGGAACUCGCUCUCUAGCUUGCAAUCUUGAACCAGGCUGGGGCCCAGUGCUUACUUGGUCAGGAAUCAGGUGUGGGGCCUCAAGCAAUUUUUUUCUUUUCCUAACUGUCCGGCAAGCCCCGCGGCGCUGGGAUGAUGAACGGCCCAGUCUAGGGACUCAGCCCUGGCAAAAAUGAAUCACUGCCAGGGCCACUUCAGAAGCACCCGGGGCGGCCCCUGAGCAAAGCAGGUCAGCCAGACCUGGGGGGGGCUGCAAUGGCUCCUGCCCGGGUGACGGGCCAGAGGGCCCCGCAGUAAGUAGCAGCCGCCGCUGCUGCCAGCAGCCCUCGUCCCUCUGGCCGGCAGCCAGUCACAUUCCUCGCUGUGCCCGAGGAGGAUGGAGCCACAGCGCGAGCCCCCACCCGCCCCGCAUUCCUCAGGGUGUUCUGCCCGCGCGCGCUGCAGGGAGACGCAGCGCGAGCCUCAGAGAUCCAGCCGGGGAAGCGGCGGGUCAGUGACGAGCUCCCGGCAUGUCCCCAGCGCCCCGGGCCCUGCCCUCUUCCCACGCGCGCGGCCUGCCCGCCGUCUGACCCUCCCGCGCUGGGCUUUGGCGGCUCCCGGCCCCGCCGCUUCUCUCGGGGACCUGGCGAUGGCUCAGUGCUGCCAGCCGGGCUGCGGGAGCCGAGCCGGGAUGCUGCAGCCGGCGGCCUAGUGGGGGAGGCGAUCGCUGGGGCCUGCAGCUCCGCCGGGCGAAGCAGCUGGAGCCUCUGAAUCUGCUGAGGGCGAAGCAAUGAGCGCGAGGGCCCUGGCGAGGCUCCUUUGCAUGGUGCUGCUGGCGCCGUGGAGACUCUGGCACCGGGCUGAUGCGGGCUGCUCCGAAGAGAGAAGAUGCUGCCCUGGCCGGGACCCAAGCUGUGCCAGCACCGGCUGGAGGAUGGACAGAGUCUAUGGGACCUGCUUCUGUGAUGAAGCCUGCAGGCUCACUCGGGACUGCUGCUAUGAUUACUCGCAGGCAUGCCCAGCUCUUCCGUGCAUCGUUGGGGAGUGGAGUCACUGGAGUGGCUGUGCAGAGCAGUGUAAACCUAAUUUGCGAAUGCGUAGGCGCUAUGUGAAGCAGGAACCUAAAAAUGGUGGGGAACCUUGCCCCCUACUUGAAGAGAAGUCUGGCUGCCUGGAAUACUUGACUUACCAGGGGCAGGACUGCGGACAUGAAUACGUUCCUGCUUUCAUAACUACCUCUGAAUACAGUAAGGAAAGAAAAAGGCGAGCUCUCUCUCCCCUGUGGUCUUCAGAUACAGAAGCAUCUGGAUAUUGUGUGGAAUUUAAAACUGAAUCACUCUCUCACCAUUGCACUGUGGAGAAUCGGCCAUAUGCCCGCUGGAUGCAGUAUCUACGAGAGGGGUAUACUGUGUGCGUAGCUUGCCAGCCUCCAGCUAUGAAUACUGGCAACCAUCGUUGUUCUGGAGAUGGCCUGGGUGCCGAUGGAAAUAAAGUUCUCCACUGGCAAGCUGUCGGUAAUCUUCGGUGCCAAGGAACAUGGAAGAAAGUUCGGCAAGUAGAACAAUGUUCAUGUCCUGUUGUGCAUAGUUUUAUUUUUACAUAAAAGUUGGAAAGAGAACUUCGAAGAACAAAACCUUUAAAUCAAUGUAACACUUUGUGAAGCCACAAGAACUCUACUUUUCUGCUGUGCUUGCUUGCUAAACCUUAACUGAAUUUUUAAAAAAAGACAAGACUUUAGGAGCCAUUCUGGUUGAGUAUGUUUGCCUUGUACCCAGAUAUUAAGAUGGAUCUUCUUGCUGUCAACUACACGGCGAGCUUCGUUUUUUCUCUUUUUUGUAAUUAAAAAGACUGAAUGUCU